CGCUGUCAUUUGCACAUGUGGACCCGGCAUAUUGCAUAAGGCUGAUCAACUACGGAUUUAAGCUAAAAUAUGUCGUAUUGCAGAGAGGAAGGUAAAGAUAAGUUGAUUUUUGCUACCGAAGACGACUACUCGACACCAAGUAAUGUUGUCUUUGUGGAAGACGACGACGACUAUGAAGGACUCAUAAAACCUACCGGAGAAAUCAACUGGGAUUGUCCUUGUUUACAGGGGAUGGCCGAUGGUCCAUGUGGAGAACAAUUCAAAGCAGCAUUUUCGUGUUUUCACUACAGCGAGGCUGAGGCCAAAGGUGCAGAUUGUGUGCCACAAUUUCGAGAUAUGCAAAUGUGCUUUUCUAAAUAUCCUGAUAUAUAUGGCAAGGAAGACGAAGAAACCUCCGAAAAGAACGAAACUAUUAGUGAAAAUCUCGAUGGGACGGAUAGUGAAGUCGAAUCAAACACUCAACAAGAGGAAUCAAAAAGUACUGACAAUGAGAUCAAAACUACCGAGGGGGGUAGUGAGGAACAGAAUAUUAAAGCUGACUCAUCUAGCUGAUUUUUGUUAAAGAAUAUUAGAACAACUUCAUAAUUUUCACGUAAUGCAGGUCAUACAUGCUCGAUGCAUACGCUUUUUGGGUGUUGGAGUGAGUAAGAAGUAAUAAUCUGAUUUUGGAACAGUCAAAAAAUUGGUGAGGUUGCCAAUCCAUAUCCAUUUCAAUAUUAAAUGCUUCCUUUUUAUUAAAGUUAAAAGUUAAACCUA